AGACCUGCACAGGUGUCAGAAACGGAGGAUCUUAUGUCAUAUCCCCACAUCCUAACAGUUCAGAUCAGCACACAUCUGUGAUUUCAGCCAUGAGUCUGUCUGGAAACAUUUGCACCUUGAGCUUCUGUGUCCUGCUGUUGUGUUGCUCUGGUCUGUGCAGUCCAGUUCCAUCUGAAGAGCGACACUUGAUUCCAGGAGAGCUCAAAGCUGCUGUGGAGUCUUCUCUUCUCAAGCAGGAUGAUAAUGUUGAUAUGGAGGACAUUCUGGGGCAGUUCCUCCACAUGUUAAACUUCACAGAUCAGAGGCCCCUGCAGAGGCCCAGAACGAGCCGCAUUGAGCCACCAGAGUACAUGCUGGAACUUUACAACCGUUUUGCCAACGACAGAACCGCAGUGCCUCCAGGAAACAUUGUGCGCAGUUUCAAAAAUGAAGAUCACUCUGCACACAAUGUGAUGAGCAAGAGCUUGCAAACACACCCUCUCCUGUUCAACAUCUCUGUCCCGCAACACGAGCGUGUCAUCAAAGCUGAACUGCGCCUGCACACACUUCUCAAGAGAGACACACGCCACCUUAUCAGGGUGGGAUGGAAGGUCACCAUUUUUGAAAGGCAGAGGGGUGGGCACUUUGGGAAUGCUGCGGAUGCCAAUGACAGCACGGGUGACAAAGAUCAGCAUGGAAUGCAGGAGCUGGCAUCAAAAUGCGUGCAUCGUAAGGAAAGUGGCUGGGAGGUAUUUGAUCUGACAAAAGCUGUCCAGCACUGGAGAAGAUCAAGCAGUUUGACCCACAGGCUGGAGGUUCAUAUUGAAAAUCUGAAUCGUGAGAAUGUGGCAAUAACUUGUAGGAAUACAAAUGAGUGGAAUGGUCAACAGUUUGUAGAUCUGGAUAUUGACAGGAAUCCUAAUGGAAAACAUGAGCCAGUGCUCAUCAUCUUCUCAGAUGAUCAUCAGAAAGGCCGGAGAGAACUCAAGCAGAUGAUAAAAGUGGAGGAUGAACUGCCUGGCAUUAAUGAACGGUGGACGGAUGAGAAUGAGGAACAUGAAGAGCAGGAUGAGGCGCUGUUAAUGCAGAUGCGCUCAAACGUGAUCUACGACAACGCUCCAAGAGUCCGUCGCAGUGCUAAAGUGGAAGACUGCAAAAGGGCCGAGCUGUAUGUAGAUUUUAAGGAUAUAGGCUGGGACUCGUGGGUUGUCACCCCGGCUGGUUAUCAAGCAUACACCUGCCGCGGUGUGUGUAACUAUCCACUGGCUCCAGAAGUAACGCCAACCAAGCACGCCAUCAUCCAAACACUUCUCAAUCUAAAGAGUCCCCAGAGAGCCUCACAAGCAUGCUGUGUGCCCACCAAGUUAGAGCCCAUCUCUCUCCUCUAUGAGAAUAAAAACGGCGUUGUGGUGUUAAAACAUAAAUACGAAGGAAUGGUGGUCAUGGAAUGUGGAUGCAGAUAAAACCCAACAAAACUCAACAA